UGCUUUGAUUUUUGCCUUUAUCACAGUUUACCACAUUGUUACCUUGUUCCUAUUGGCCACGGUGCGUCGGUACAUGAAAUAUAAUGUAAUAUAAUAAAAAAAAUUAAAUAAAUAAUUAAUAAACAUGGGAAAAUCUCACAAAUCAGAGAAAAAGUCUAAGAAAAAACACAAGGACCGCAAAGAAAAGAAGAAAUCGCAUAAACAUAAGAAGAAACAUUCAAAGACGAAGGAAGAUAAAAUCGCAAAGGAUCGCUCGCCAAAGCUUGAUGUUGAGGAUGAUGACUUUUCCAUUCCUCUCGACUUAAUGAACAGCAAAUCUCAUGCACCUGAGACUCCGGAUGAAUAUCAAAAGCGGCAAAGCAGAAUAAGACGGGAGGUGGAUCCUAGUACCGGUAGGGUACGCUUAAUUAAGGGCGAUGGCGAAGUACUCGAAGAAAUUGUGAGCAAAGAAAGGCACAAGGCCAUCAAUAGGGAAGCAACACAAGGCGACGGAGCCUUCUUUCAAGAAAAUACCCUGGGGAAAUUGAAAUAAAAACACUUGAUUUUUACUCUAUCUAGUAAACGAUUUUC